AUGUUUAGUAGCAAGACUCAACUCGCAAAAAGAACUCCUGAAAAUGGUACCGAUCGCGAAUCUUUUUUAUCUCUAUUAGUGGAUGAAUAUUUGCAUUCUUCGUCUUAUGAUGGUAAAUGUCAAGUAUUAGCGAAUUUGGCCAAUUUUGCUUACGAUCCAAUUAACUACGAAUACAUCAGAAAUGUUGGAGUCUUGGAUAUAUUUCUCUAUGUUAUAAAAAAUGAAAGCGAUCGUCAACUGCUUCACUAUGCUGUGGCUGGUCUGUGCAAUUUAUGCUUUGAUCCGUUGAAUGCUGAAUAUGUUUUGACACACUGUGGUUUUAAACCACUGACAGCACUACUGAAAUUAACUGAUACUGAUAUAUUAGCUGAUACUAUAACUUCUUUAAUUCAACUGCAUGAAUAUCAAACCAGCUCAGACUUAUAUACAGAAGAAGUUAUUGCAAAUGUUUGUAGCAUCCAGCAGUCUAAUGAUCAAAGAUUAGUUAAUUUAGCUACCAUAUUUCUACAAUAUGUCUCCAGUAAAAAUGAACAAAUGUAA